AUGAGAGCUCAUGAAGAUUUCAUUAAUAAAAUUCAACGUCAAUAUCACACACGUGGAGAUGUAACUACAAUUAUUAGCAUUCCAAAUUUUGAUGUUGUUCAAAACUUUUCUUUAGAUUAUAUGCACGUAGUAUGCUUAGGAGUUGUUAAAAAAAUAUUGAUGUUAUGUAAGGGGACUCUUGGUAAUGGAAGAAGAGAUAUUAAUGAUCAAAAGUUGAAUAAUCAAAUAAUUAGAAAUAUAUCAGAUGGACUUUUAUCAUUUAAAACAUGUAUAUCAUGCGAUUUUGUUCGUAAACCUAGAGCCUUAGAUAAAUUGGCACGCUGGAAAGCUACAGAGUACAGAUUAUUUCUUUUAUAUGUAGGAAUCGUUUCAAUUCAUUCAAUUGUGCCCAAAAAAUUAUAUCAACAUUUUUUGUCUUUAAGUAUAGCCAUGACUAUUUAUUUAAGCCCAAACUACACAGAUUUAGCUAUAUUUGCUAAAUCGUUAAUGUUUAAGUUUUUCAAAGAUUUUGGUAGCUUGUAUGGAAAUCACUUUAUUUCUCAUAAUGUGCAUGCACUAAUCCAUUUGUUUGAUGAUUAUAACAAUUUUGGAUCAUUAGAUAGUGUAAGUUGUUUUAAAUUUAAAAACUACAUGGGUAACUUAAAAAAACUUGUUCGUAAAAGUGAUAAACCUCUUCAACAAGUUGUAAAAAGAUUUGAAGAGCGUUCUAGUCUUAUUAACGAUCCCACAGUGAACCUGCAGAAUAAUAAAAAAAAUGAAACUUUCUUAAAGAAAUAUGUUAAAGAACUGGUGAAGAGUAUCUUCGUUGUUAUAUAUUUUAUGAAAAUCAUAUGA